CGGAGCCGCGCCUCGUCCUCCUCGCCACUCUCGUCGGCCGACCUCUGCGUGUCUCACCUCUCCGCCCCUUGCCUGCUCCCACUCACGUCGUGCUAUCCUUCUAUACCCCAUCUGCAACUUCAGUGCCGACAGAAGACUGCCAGGGCAGCUGCGAGUGGAAUAAGUAACUCACACACGGGCGUCGUCGCGUCUGCAGGUAUGGCUUGUUGGUGUCGUGCCCAAGCUUACGGCUGGCGGAUGUCAUUGUGCGACCUCGGCGCGGUCAUGUGCUAUGUUGCAAGAGGGGAAAACGUCAUCAAGUGCUCCAUUGCCCAAGCUUCGGGAGGGACCUUGACAGUUGAGCAGGACGUGGUCGUGUUCCAAGGCAACCAGGUGAACGAUUGGACAGUACACAGUGCGCCGUUCAUUGUUUCUUCAUUCAGUGGGCCAUACAACGGCGUCCUGUGCCACUCCUGCGACGAGACCUUCGCUGAUACCAACAACACAGGCAAUUGUCCCAUCCAGUGCACAUUCGUGGAGUCAACAGUGUGCAUCACUAGCCUUCGGGCUCGGCCUUGGAUUCCGACAGCCCAUCGGAGGGUGGCUCGAUUGCAAUGCAGGGCGACAAGACCUAUCGCAUCGCGGACGACGCCCCUUACGAGAUGGAUGAGCUGGGCCGGGCCGCCCCAGGCGAGCAUUGCAGAUCUCGGAGGUGAGUUCGAGAGAGAAUUUCGCAGCGAGCUCGAGGGCAUGGGCGCCGAGCUCAUCGCCGCCGCCGCCCUGGGCCCCACGCAGAACAUUGUCUGCGAACGGCGCGGCGGCGAAUGGAAGUACAUUGCCGAAGCCAUCAUCGACGAGUACCAGAUGGACUUCACCGUCCCAGGCGCCGUGGAGCGGCUCUGCAACGUGCUUAACUGGGCGAAGAACAGCAAGGUGGGGCCCACAGGAUACAGUCCUGCGCAGUGGGUGCUCGGACGUGGGUGCCGAUUGCCCUGCAGUAUUCUUUCCAACCCGUGCCACCGAGAGCAGCACGACAAGCUUUUCGGCGAGCUCCACCACGAGUUUGACUUCGACCACCAGCCCCUUUACCACCACCAUUUCGAGUACCAGCACGGCCACAUCCACUACGACGAGCAGCGCCAUCACCGACACCCAUACGACUACCACGUACACUACCACGAGCACAGGGACGCAGGUGCC